GCUACGCCUCUAGCGGAUAAUUUUGGAACUGAUCUGCGUCAUGAACACUCGAAAUCGUGCGUGUCGUGUUUGUAUUCGUGGAUAAUAUUUAUUUAUUUUUGAGUUUAGUGACCAACAUAGUGAGUGAAUUUGUGGUGAAUAAUAAUGAAAUUUUAUAAAGGUGCUGUAAAAGACUGUUAAUCUUGUACUGAUACUAAAGAGCUAAUCAUAUCAUCAAAACAAUGAAAUCUGCAUCAACUGAUAAAUCUUCUAAGAAAAAUGGCUAUGAAUCAGAAGAUGAGACAGUAAGGUACAAGUUGAACACUAACUUCUUUAACAAUAAUGCUAAAUCACCGAAACUCAAGAAAACUGAAAAAGUUAAAGAUGAGGAUGAUAAUAUUCGGUACAAAUUCCCCACUGUCUUAAAUAAACCAAAGCCUGUUGAACAGAAACCUAAACCUAAGCAAAAGAUCAAGGUAAACUUCUGGAGCAACAAACAAUCGGUAAGCCGUCUUCACAACUCAGAAUCAACAAAACAGAAGUCAAACCGAAGACAUACAGUAGGAGCUACUGCUGAAGAUACAUCCAUUGCUAAACCAAAGCAUUCAGCAGUAAAAGUACGAAAACGAGUAUCAUUCCUACCUUCCCCUAUAUUUUCUGAAAACCAUGUUCCUAUGGUAACAGUGCCAGAUGAUCUAACUAUACAGUUGAAUGAGGAAGAAGCUAAUGAUCUGGCUGAAGACCUGAACCUAGGUUUUUUCAACAGUGGAAGUAGUGAUGGCAAGGGAAAUCCGUCCCCAAAAAGAAAAGCUAAGAAUAAUAUCACCAACCCCCGUGAGGCUAAACGUAAACGGAGUUUAGAGGAUGAACCAAGGAUUCAAGGCAAUGAAAAUGAGCUGGAAUUUUUCUCCAAAUAUGUUGUCCAGAAACUGAGAAGAAUGGAAACAAAUCAACGUAUUUACUCAGAAAAUUUAAUUAAUACUGUCCUUAUGUUAGGUCAGCUCGGCAAACUGAACGGUAAAUCAAAGAUAACAGAAUCAUAAUAAUAUAUGGAGCAUUUGUUCAUUAGUUCAAUGGAGUUAAUAGAUUAGCAUAAUAUUGUUUGAUAAUAAUUUAUCUAAAUAUCUUUAAAUCAAGGACCAGAAUAUUCUCAAAGACAUCAAUCAUGCAUAAGUACAUUAAAUUUAAUUAGUCAAUUUAAGUUAUGGUGCUUUAAGUUAUGCACAAUGCAUAGACACCCCAAGAAUUUAGUAUAUGAAAGAAUUGUUUUAGAUUUCUGUUCUUAAGUACAAUAAGUUGUUAAAAGUUCAAAAAUGUUUAUGCAGAUGUAAUGUUUGAAUAUUUGUAUGUACAUUUCGUAUUGUAUUCAAUCAAUUACUGUCUCACUUAAUAAAGUUGUUAAUGUUAACUCAUUGUGGCACAAUUUAUCUUGUAUCAACUAAUGAUAAACUGAAUUUGCUUUUUAUUUAGCUUAUUAUACACAUAACUAUGUAUGUUAUUGUUACCACUUUGUUUACUUCCCUCCAUAUUUUUAUCUUCGUAAAACUGUUAUGCAUGUACUAUUACUAAUAUACAUAUAUUACUAAUUUAAUAUAGCCACCACUGAAUGAAAUAUUUAACUAUUUCAUAGUUCAUUUAACUUCUAUUCUACAUUUCCAAAGCCUAAUUACAUUAACUAUUUAAAUUUACCUCAAAGAUAAUGAUGCCUCAAUGUACCUACACAAUAUUGUGUAUCAUAAGUAGUUUUAUGCACUCUACAAUUAAAUGGUAUGAAGAUAAACAAUUGCUGGUACUCCCAAUGAACUGUUUACUCAAUGGCUAUGUUAUCAUCUGGUGGUUUACAAAAAAUCGUGUUAAGCAUAAUUUAUUAAGAAUAAGGUUUAUACACUUUUCCUCAUAAGUAAAUGUUUUAUUAGUUAAAUAUAUAUCACUAUGCCAAUUGUGUCUGUGAUGACUAUAAACGAAUGAGUAUGUAUUGCACAACUUACUAUUUAAGUACAUAAAGUCGUUAAUAGAGUCUUGGCAAAUUGUUAGUGUUAUUUUGGCAGAUUAAAUAUUUACACAUGUAUUUAUUAAUUGUUGUAUAUUUAAGUAAACUAAAAGAGUUAUGUAUUAUCUUUUUGACUUUAAAAAUGUUUGUCUCAAUUUGUAAGACUUUCAAGGUGUAAUAAUUGUCUGCCUUAAAACUACUAAUAAAGUAUUCAUAGUUUAACACAA